CCCUCCCAAUCCGGCCUCAAUCUUCUCUUAGGCAGACGUUCAGCUCUCCCCCGCCAGUGUAGCGCCUCACCUCACGGAGACAAGAAGGAAGACCAAACACUCUCUCAGCGUCUCUCCAGCAAAAGCAAGAUGCUGCUACGCCAUCUCGCCCUGCUUGCUUUGUUGGUGGCCGUGACGUGGGCCCAAAGACAAGGACUACGUCCAGGUCAAGGCCAACACCAGGGUGGUGGAAGGGAGCUGAUCAGACCAGACCCAGAAGCGUGCAGAAACAGAGUCAACCAUGCUGCCACGUUCCACAAUGGUCACUAUUACUUCUUCUCGUGGUCUCACGGCCCCACUCGCCAGCAUGAAAGGGACUGGCUGGAUGCACGGAAUAUCUGCAGGAAGCACUGUCAGGACCUGGUGAGCAUUGAGACACAAGAGGAGGCGAACUUCGUCACCGAUAACCUUCGCAGCGGAAAUGUCAAAUACAUCUGGACGUCCGGCCGCAAGUGCAACUUCGAAGGCUGUGACCGACCCGAUCUUCAGCCUAGCAUCAUCAAUGGAUGGUUCUGGUCUGGCUCGAACGUCCGCAUUCCGGCCACUAACAUCACUCACGUCUGGCGAGGCGAUUGGUCACACACAGGUGGCUCCGGCACACCACAACCUGACAACCGAGAGUUUGGGGAAAAUGGCAACGAUGAGGCUUGUAUUGCUGUACUGAAUAACUUCUACCAGGAUGGCAUUAAGUGGCACGAUGUUUCUUGUAACCACGUCAAGCCCUGGAUCUGUGAGGACUCUGAUGACCUUCUGAAUUUUGCCCGCUCCAGAUUCCCCAAUAUCCCAUAAAGAGGAGAAGGAGCGAAACAACAAAGAGGACAAGGAAAAUAAAGGAUGUUAAUGGUGGAAGGAGAGAUGCUAUUUUUUUUUUUUUUUUCUUUUAUAAAAA